AGCAACUACAUGAUCACUUUUGAUAAUGACCAUCAUUUUAUAUUGAUAUUUUUAUACAAUUAUUACAUCUACAUGUUUCGAGUACAGUUCAUAGUGUCUAGACAGUAAUUGUAUAACGAGAAAAAUGUAUUGCAUAAAAAUGAAAUAAUAAAAAAUCCAAAUUCCAAUGACGUGUGUAUAUGGCAAUGAACUCAAGCAUAAAGAUUAAAUCGUUUAACUUACAACUUGAAACUAUAUCCCAAAAGUUAAUUUUAAUUUGGUGCUCAUUGAGCCUGGCAACGUGUUCUCCAGUGUUAUCUAAUUUACAAUAUCAUCAUCAAAGCAAUGACGGUACAGGUUACUAUCGUUAUGGUUUCCAAAGUCCGCACCAUUCAAAAAUGGAAACAAAAUUAAAUGGCAUUACUCAAGGAGGAUAUUCAUAUAUUGAUGCAAAUGGUAUUUUACAAAGCGUUGCCUACACAGCAGACGAUAUGAAUGGAUUCAGAAUCCGCGCAAGUAAUUUACCUCAUUUAUCAGAAAAUUCUUUACUACCUACAAGCGAAAUGAGUAAAACAACAGAGGCGGAAAGAAGUUACUUGGGAGAACAAAAAGCCAAUGAAAAUUCAUUAAGAAGUUUGAUGAGUAAUACAAAUGGAUUGGUUAAGCAUCCUUUUCUAUUAUCAGAUAGAGAAGUGAUGAAAAUUCAAGUUCCUAAACCAACUCUUAAUUAUAUUGUAAAAAGAACAUCUCCAGCAUUUUUAAUACCAACUUCUACAUCAUUAGGAUUACCAGUCCCUCAUAAGAUGAUUCACAGUUCUCUUCAUCAUACUCAAGAUUCAUUAGGUCAAUACGAUUAUAGCUAUGCUGGUGAUACUAGCGCUAAAAGUGAAUCAAGAUCAUUAGAUGGAACUACAAGGGGUGCUUAUAGUUAUAUUGAUGCUAAUGGUUUGCUUCAACAAGUUCAUUACAUUGCGGAUCACAAUGGAUUUCGAGUUCUUGCUACUAAUUUACCGGAAGCCUAAAUAUUUAUAUUUUUUUUCUUCUUUAUUAUUAUAAUCAUCAUUGUGUUAAAUAUUUUAGUACACAUUGGUUCAUAAAUUAAAUA